AUGGUGAAACCUAAAGCGGAAGUUAUCGAGCAGUUUAAUGACGGGGUGAAUAUGGACGCGGAGGAGCUGGAGCAGUGGGUAGAAGGGGAUAAAGCUAAGAAUGCGGGUACCGGGGUAGGUUUGGAGAGUGGGCGGAAGAUUGCGGACAUUUUGAAGAGGAAUCCGGACAAGGAUCCGGAAGGGUACGAGGAUGAGGAUAUAGGCCACAUGAGAAAAGUGACGGGGUAA